GAACAAACAAAUAUAACCUCACUAAAUUAAACGUCAUGAUCGUUUCUUGUCAAAAUAAGCAAUAAAAUUAAUUUAAUAAUAUCGAUUUAAUAUUAAAUGAUUUAAUUAGUAAAUACAAUAAUGUCGGAUUUAGUAAAAAAAUGCGUCGUUCGCGUCGAAGUCGAAAACAACAACGAAGAGUUGGAAGGAGCCGAAGGUGGUGAUUUAACGAGUUCGAAAAUCCGUCGUCAUCGAAAUAUUCGUGGAAUUAGCGUUGAAACGUUUCCAAGUCGAUUAGAAACCCCCCGAAAUGAUUGGGGGCUCCUUCCGGAGCAUUCUCGAGAUAAUACAAAAUUAUUAAAAGAUAACUUUGAGGAGAAAAGUGAGAUUGGAUUUUUUAGUGGCAACCCAUUCGUUGAAUUAACUAAAGGAAUUUUGCAUCUAUAUAAAGAAGAUGCGUUAUCGAGUAGCGCCGAAGCGUUAACUUUAUGCAUACUCGGAGUUCCUAAUUCAAUGACUUGCCACGAUCUUUUAAACUACACAGCUCCGUGUCAUGCCGAAAUCGCUCACAUCCGAGUGUUACGAGACACCACUCCUAACCAAUAUAUGGCACUUUUAACGUUUCGAAAUCACCCGGCGGCGAGGGAGUUCUAUAUAACGUAUAAUGGGGCCCCUUUUAAUACUUUAGAACCGGAUAUUUUGUGCCGCGCGGUUUGGGUGUCUCAAGUCGAGUGGGCAAACGAUGGUUUUCCACCCCCGGGGCAUACAGAACUUCCAACUUGCCCCGUUUGUUUAGAAAGAAUGGAUGAGUCAAUCGAUGGGGUUUUAACGAUUUUGUGUAAUCACGCUUUUCACGCGAGUUGUUUAGAAAAAUGGGGGGAUUCAACUUGCCCCGUUUGCCGAUGUGUCCAAAGCCCAGAACAAGCUGAAAGUUCUGAGUGCGAUCGUUGUGGGAAAUCGGGGCCAUCUCCUGAUGCUUUAUGGAUUUGUUUGAUUUGUGGGCAUGUUGGAUGUGGGAGAUACCAAGGGGGGCACGCGGCGUCUCAUUACCGCGAAUCCGGACAUUGUUACGCGCUACAAUUGGGGUCCCACCGAGUUUGGGACUACAAAGGUGAUAAUUUCGUGCAUCGCCUCCUCCAAAACAAAGGCGAUGGCAAAUUAGUCCCAACAGAAGGUCCCCCAUCCGAAUCGGAAUGCAUGCAAGAAAAAGUCGAUUCAGUCCAACUCGAAUUCACUUAUUUAUUAACAUCCCAACUCGACGAGCAACGACUUUACUUCGAAGAUAAAUUAGCGCAAUUAGAUUUCCAAGCUGGAGAAGAAACCAAAGCUCUAAGAGAAAAAUUAACCUCUCUAGCCGAAGAAAACAAACAAUUAAAAAGCAAAUUAUCCUCCCUAGGGAAAGAAAAAGGUAACUUGGAGAAAAAAAUAUCCCAACAAGCAUCUAAACUCACAUCGACUUUAACCGAAUUAAACGAAGAAAAACAAUUAGGAAAAGCGAUGCGGAGUAAUCAGCAACAAUGGCAAAGCAAAACGGCGAAAUUAGAGGAGAAGUUAAAUGAAUUAAAGGCGGUUAAAGAGAAAGAAGUGGCGGAUUUAAAGGAACAACUGCGGGAUUUGAUGUUUUAUUUAGACGCGCAAUCGGUUAUUGAAAAAUCGGAGGAUAAAGAUGAAAUUGCUUCGGGGACGAUCACCGUGGGGGAAGCUCCCGAAGUGAAAAGUAAAAAUCGAAGGAAAAAACGAUGAUUUUUUUGUGAUUGAUUAUUUAUAAUUUGUAUUUUGUUGUUUAAUUAAUAAAUAAUUCGUAAUUUUGGG